ACCAAAAUAGAAAAUGGGUCUGAUUCCCAAAAACCUCUGCAAAACCCUCUCUCGUUUUGUUCAACAUUAGCAAACAGUGAGAAAAGAUUGGCGAAAUGACCCUCAAUCGUCUCCUUCUUCUUCCAAAGCCGCCGCCCAUUCAUUUCCACAAACUUGGGCUUCCCAAAUCAACAAGAUGGUGUUCAUCUUCGUCAAGCAGUGGUGCCCAGAAACCACCCAACUUGGAGGAGCAAAGAGCUGUAGCCACCGUGGAGGAGUCGGAUAACAAAUAUGUGGAGAGGCAUUCAGGGACCUUUCUAAAUCCAACCAACUUUGAAAACGAAGUGGGGGAAUCGUGGCUUACUCUGAGAGGCAUUUUUACUAAUCUAAAAGCAAAGAUGAUUGGAACUCCCCAAUCUCAGAAGGAAAACACUGUCGAGAUAAAUGAUUCUACUGCUGAUAAGACAGUUUCUGAGGUUAUUAUGACAGAGGAUAGUCCACAAGACUCUGAGGUUGGCCAGCCCAAACAUAGAAUGCUAAUGCCAAAAGUCAUAAGAGACUCUCAGAGUUGCAAGCAGAAUAUUUCAACAGGUUUAAGAUCUGACAUAGUCGGGGAGAACUCUUCAUCUGAUGUGCUUGAUGCUACAGCCUCUAACGAAGUCAAGGUGCCUAAAUCUUUAGAUAGCACUGGACCUGGUGAGGCUAAAAAUACAAUUCACUCCUCAGCAGAUUUAGUUUUUUCUCCACAGAAUAAGGUCGCAGUGACUGUUUCUGAAGUUAGGACAGAGAGUGUUAGGGAAAAUGAAUUAACAAGUGAUCUGUUGCAAAUAAUGCGGAGAAGUUCUUUGGGGAAUUCAGCUGGUCAGGUUGCAUCUAAUGGUAAAAGGCUGCAUGGUGGUCAUAAAGAUGUUGAACAUGGUAUAAAUGGAAGUUUGGUUCAAACCUUGGAACCCUUCGCGGAUUCUCAAAACAAUGAGAAAAGGGUUACAGAAACUGCAGCUUCCAAUGUAAUAUGGAAAAGAUCUUCCAAGGAUAUUGGUCAAUCAGGAGUCAAGACUGAGUCACAUAGGCAACUUGAGGUGGGCGUGUUUGGAUCUGAUUUUGAUUGUCUGUCUUCCUUAACACAUAAGUUACCAGGUGAACCUUCUAGGAUACUGCACAAGGAUAUUGGAAAUGCAUCUACUGUAGUUGGAAAUGGAAACCCUCAACCUGGCAAAAGAACGAUAUUUGAUCAACCACCUACUGCAGGUUCUGACGUGGGUAAAAUGCCUUCAUCGUCUAGUGGCCCCCAGCAAGUGAGGGGGUUAGCAAAGAUGUUUAUGAAGGCAAUGAAUGGUCAAAAAGCUGAUGUAAUUACCAGUAAGAAGAGCGAUACUUUGGCUUCGAAUGUAGUUUUGGAACUUUUAAAUGAAACAAAUGAUAAAACAGGUAAAGAAGAUACAGGAAAUAGAUUUGACAUCAAUGGGUUGAUUGGGUGCAUCAAAGAGCUGCCAAGAGAAUCAUCAACCAUUACAUCUCAGAAUUGUAGCACUCCCAACAAUACUGGUCUCCUCAUAAAAAAGGUAGGGUCAGUUAAAAAGGUUCGAAGCCACGCAAAUGUGCGACAGAGUGAUGCAAAAAGAAAAGAGAGUUUGCUGAGAGUUCAUGCCAUGGGAAAGGAAACUAGUAAGGAAGACUUGAAUAAGAUCCCAGGUACUUCCUGCCAAAAAGAAGAAUCUACAGAAAGCAAGGUGUUGGUUAGAUUUUUGCACAAACGUGUAGAGGAAAGUGCUAUAUCUAAAGCCUUUGACGAUUGUGGGUCUAUCAUGAAGAUACAACUACUUCCUUUAAUUGAAGGAAGCAAUUUUAGAGAUGGUUACGUGCAUUUUAAGACUAGGGAAGGAUCGCAUAAAGCUCUCAGGAAAAGUGAGUUGGUUAUAGAGGGUGCUCAUGUUGUUGUGGAUGCGACUUCUUUAGAAGAUGUGCCUAAUAAAAUUUCCAUUCCCAACCUGAUUGGUGAUCCUGAAGUUCCUCUCAUGUUAGUAAAGAAUCCGACACGAACAGUUAUGAUCAAACAGUUGACCCAUGGUAUAAGCUCACAUCAGCUAAAAGAAGCUCUUGCCUUCUGCGGAAGUGGCAUAUCCAGCGUUUUCUUGGGUUCAUCAAGCUCUGUUGCUUAUGUGGAAUUUGAGACAGAAGAUGCCAAAGAAAGAGCAAUUGCAGCAUAUUCCAUAAAUGUUCAAGAAAAACAGCUAUUGAUCUUCAGAAUUGAUGUGCCAAGAACAACAGUGAUAAGGAUAACCAAUAUUGAUGAUACAGCAUUUUCUAGUAAACUGGUGCCCGGAAAAAUCACAUCAAUUUGUAGUUCUUAUGGGGAGCUGUACAAACAAAAGCUGAGAGGCAAGGCUAUUUUGGAUGUGUAUUUCAAGCUUGCUGAAUGGCCAAAUAUUUUGAGUAUUCUCAACAGGUUAAAUGGAAUGGAAGUAGAUGGCGACCGAUUGAUUGCUCAACCUGCUCCUAUUUUUCCUCCGCCGAUCCUUCAAGUUCUUUGGAGUAAGCCAGAUGAAAGAAUUCAUGUCAAAUCUGUUUUGCAAAGAUUGUUGCAGACCAGUGAACUACCUGUUGAACUCAGUAAUAUUGCUACGAAAUACCACGGUGAUAAAUAUUUUGAAUGAGUUUCCAUUUUUUUUUCCAUCCAAUUAAGAUGUAUUUAAAUAUUUGAAGAAAAA